GGGGGAGGAGAUCGAGUGAGUGCAGUUUGAGUUGCGCUCUACGCCAGCCAGAGGUGUGUUUUCGGCUCCACACUCUGUAUCUCUGGGUAGCAGCGCCCCAUCCAUGCAGCCAGCCUGAGUGCCAUGUCUCAACAGCUGUGUUGGCUAAAGGGUUACAGCUCAUCUGAAGGGGAAGGUAGCAUCUUGCCUUUGAGGAGGACAGAAGAUAAAAAGAAGACUGACCAGUUGCAGAGAGAGGGGGGAUAUAAUUGAAAGCCCCCCCCCUCCUCGCCUCACUAAACAGAGCAAAAACGGAAGGCUUUGGAGUAUUCAAUUUUUUCUUUCGUUUUAUAUUUUUCUUAUUCCUCAUCGCGGUGCUGGGAGACUGAGGAAGAGAAGAGCGCAGAGCAGCCCGGCAAACUGAUGAGCAUGACUGGCUAAAGCAAAGGCAAAGGCACGGAGUGAAAGAAAGCCAAAGAAGAAGGAAGAAAGGAAGGAAGGGAGGGAAGAAGUAGAAGAACAAGAAGAGGAGUACGCACACACACAUACACACACAAACACACAUACUGCUGCUCAUCUCCUCAUCUCCACGGCAACCGUGUUCACACACUCGCAGACUUCUGGGAGGAGACCUCGGCAAGCUGUAUCACCAGCGUUGGAGGAAGGGGAGAGCGAAUCGGAUGGAGAGAGGCGAAUGAAAGAACAUCCCUUCAUCACUCUCCAUCCAUCAUCUUUUAGUUUCUUUUGUUGAGUUCACGCUGACAUUUUUGAGUUGACGCUCAACUUUUAAAUUCUUGUAAAAUCUGAGUUUAAAAAACACAUUUUCAACCAGCUUGGAUCUGGUUCUUUGCAAAUUAGUCUUUUUUGGCACCUCACAUGUAAAACCAUUGUUUCUAAGCAACUCACUGCACUCCUCAACACACAGUCUCUAUGUUUACACUAACAAUUUUAGUGAAUGAUUUAAUGCUAAUUAUUGUAAAUUCUGUACAUAUUAUUACACUUUAAAAACCUCCACCCCUACCAUAUCCCCACGCUGACAACACCCCGCUGCCGCCCUCCUUCCUCCCUCGCCCUGCAAGACCCUACUUCAGUCUUCUGUGCGUGACUUCAUCUGUCUACCAUCCCUUCAUCCGAGGCUAUGAGAGGAGGAGUCGAAUCCCAGAUCACUCCAUCAUGCCAGAUCUGAAGAGUAGAGAGGAGAUCCGGGCUGGCAAUGUUCAAGGGACGGCAUUUACACUCCUUCACAAUGCUUGUCAGCCUCCACCCUUCUCCCUCCCGUCUUCAGGACAAGCGCUUUGUCUCCCCUCCCUCCUCCCCCCAUCCUCCUCCUCCUCCUCCUCCUCCUCCUCCUCCUCCUUCUCCUCGUCAAGACCAGUCCCUGCAUCAUCAUUGCUCUCAGCCUCGGCUGUCCCCUCCCUUCCUCUCCUUGUCCCUCUCUCUGCUCCUCCUCUCCAUACUCCUCCUGCCUGUCUGCGAGUCUCGCAGGGGUGGAGGUCCAGGCACAGGGCCUGGAGGCGCCCCAGGGGGACAAGGUGGCCAGAGGGGAGGCGGCACCCAGAGGGGCGUCGUCAUUCCCCCUCAGUACUCUCCUGGCUCACAGGCUCUCCCCCCAAUCAACCCCAAACUGAUCAACUCACUCAGUAUCGCUGUCAUCCUAGUGGGCAACUCUAGUGAAGUAGCCCUCGGGGCUGGACUUGAGAAAGAGGACUUUCUCCACAUCCCUUACCCUCCCAAAGUCGAGGUGGUCACCAUGAACGAGACCGACCCAAAGAGCAUCAUCAAUCGGAUCUGUGCGCAAAUGACGAGGAACUCACUGCAAGGCGUAGUGUUCGGUGACGACACGGAUCAGGAGGCCAUUGCUCAGAUCCUGGACUUCAUCUCCGCCCAGACACACAUCCCCAUCCUGGGCAUCAGAGGAGGCUCCUCCAUGGUCAUGGCAGCCAAGGACGACCACUCCAUGUUUUUCCAGUUUGGUCCAUCCAUCGAGCAGCAGGCCUCUGUCAUGUUGAACAUCAUGGAGGAGUAUGACUGGUACAUCUUCUCCAUCGUCACCACUUACUACCCUGGCUACCAGGACUUUGUCAACAAGGUCCGCAGCACCAUCGAGAACAGCUUUGUGGGCUGGGAGCUAGAGGAGGUCCUCCUACUGGACAUGUCCGUGGACGACGGAGACUCCAAGAUCCAGAACCAGCUGAAGAAACUGCAGAGUCCCGUCAUUCUGCUCUACUGCACAAAAGAGGAGGCUACCACUAUCUUUGAAGUAGCCCAUUCUGUAGGCCUUACCGGCUACGGCUUCACCUGGAUCGUGCCCUCGCUGGUGGCUGGCGAUGCAGACCAUGUUCCCGCAGUCUUCCCUACAGGGCUUAUCUCAGUGUCGUAUGACGAAUGGGACUACAACAUCGAGGCCAGGGUGCGUGAUGCAGUAGCUGUCAUUGCCACAGCGACCUCCACCAUGAUGCUGGACCGGGGCCCGCACACCCUGCUGAAGUCAAGCUGCCUCGGGACUCCUGACAAAAAGAGCUCCAACACCGGCCACUCCAAGGAAAUACUGAAAUACCUCAUGAAUGUCACAUUUGAAGGCCGAAACCUGUCAUUUAGCGAAGAGGGUCACCAGAUGUUCCCCAAACUGGUCAUCAUUCUUCUUGACAAGGACAGACAAUGGGACAGGGUUGGCAAGUGGGAGAGAGGCUCUUUGACGAUGAGGUACCAUGUGUGGCCUCGCUUUGAGCUGUACUCUGCAGCUGAGGAGCGAGAGGACCACCUGUCCAUCGUGACUCUGGAGGAGGCGCCGUUUGUCAUCGUGGAGGACGUGGACCCGCUCAGCGGGACCUGCAUGAGAAACACCGUGCCGUGCCGCAAACAGCUCAAACUCAGUAACCAGACAGGUGAUUCAGGGAUUUACAUCAAGCGUUGCUGCAAAGGUUUCUGUAUUGACAUCUUGAAGAAGAUCGCCAAGACCGUCAAGUUUACGUACGACCUCUACUUGGUCACCAAUGGCAAGCAUGGCAAGAAGGUCAAUGGGACAUGGAAUGGCAUGGUCGGAGAGGUGGUGUUGAAGAAUGCCCACAUGGCAGUAGGUUCGCUCACCAUCAACGAGGAGAGGUCGGAGGUCAUCGACUUCUCUGUGCCGUUCAUCGAGACGGGGAUCAGUGUCAUGGUCUCCCGUAGCAACGGCACCGUCUCCCCCUCCGCCUUCCUUGAGCCCUUCAGUGCUGAUGUCUGGGUGAUGAUGUUUGUGAUGUUGCUGAUCGUGUCAGCCGUGGCUGUGUUUGUGUUUGAGUACUUCAGCCCGGUGGGUUACAAUCGCUGUCUGGCAGACGGACGAGAGCCUGGAGGUCCCUCCUUCACCAUCGGUAAGGCCAUCUGGCUGCUUUGGGGUCUGGUUUUCAACAACUCUGUCCCUGUGCAGAAUCCCAAAGGUACUACCAGUAAGAUCAUGGUGUCGGUGUGGGCCUUCUUCGCUGUAAUCUUCCUGGCCUCCUACACUGCCAACCUGGCCGCCUUCAUGAUCCAGGAGGAGUAUGUCGACCAGGUGUCAGGCCUGUCAGACAAAAAGUUCCAGAAGCCCAACGAAUUCUCGCCGCCUUUCCGGUUCGGCACGGUGCCCAAUGGGAGUACAGAGCGCAACAUCCGCAACAACUACCGGGACAUGCAUACCUACAUGACCAGUUUCCACCAGAAGAAUGUAGAUGAAGCGCUGUACAGUCUGAAGACUGGCAAAUUGGAUGCCUUCAUCUACGACGCUGCAGUGCUGAACUACAUGGCAGGCAGAGACGAGGGCUGUAAGCUCGUCACCAUCGGGAGCGGCAAGGUGUUCGCCUCCACCGGCUAUGGCAUCGCCAUCCAGAAGGACUCGGGCUGGAAACGAGCUGUGGAUCUUGCCAUCCUCAUGCUGUUUGGAGAUGGUGAGAUGGAGGAGUUGGAGGCCCUGUGGCUGACGGGUAUCUGCCACAAUGAGAAGAACGAGGUGAUGAGCAGCCAGCUGGACGUGGACAACAUGGCAGGGGUCUUCUACAUGCUCGGGGCCGCCAUGGUUCUGUCAUUCAUCACCUUCAUCUGUGAACAUUUGUUCUACUGGCAGCUGCGCUUCUGCUUCAUGGGCGUGUGCUCCGGAAAGCCCGGGGUCACCUUCUCCAUUAGCAGAGGUAUCUACAGCUGCAUCCAUGGGGUACAAAUCGAGGAAAACAAGUCAACCAUAGACUCACCUUCGGCCACCAUGAAGAAGAACAUGAACAACACCCACUCCAACAUCCUGCGGUUGCUCCGCACUGCCAAGGACAUGACCGCCGUCCCGGGCAUUAACGGCUCCCCGCACGCCGCCCUGGAGUACAGCCACAGUGGUCGUGAGUCGGCCAUCUAUGAUAUCCAGGAGCACCGGCGCAGUCUGGUGGGUCACCCUGUAGACUGCAAGUCUGCGCCGCCUUAUCUGCCAGAGGACAACAUGUUCAGUGACUACAUCAGCGAGGUGGAGAGGACUUUUGGCAACUUGCCCCUGAAGGACAGCAACCUGUACCAGGACCAUUACCGGCACCACCACCCGGCCUCGGCUCUGGGUAUGUCCGGCCCCCCACCCAAUAGGCCGCGUAGUUUAGGCAGCGCUAGCUCGUUGGAGGGGGGCAUGUUCGAUUGCGACAGUUUAGGGGGAGGGGUAGCGCCCAUCUUUACCACCCAGCCCCGCCCCUCCAUGACUCACAGGAAUACCAAUAAAUUUGACCUGAUUGCUGGCCACACCCCUACGGAUUCCAACCAGGGUGGGUUCAAGGGAAGCAAUGUGUACGGCAGGUUUUCUUUCAAAGGAGGCGCAUCCAGCACGGGGCUCAUCGGGGGUCACGACAGGUACUGUGGUGGGGGAGGGGGAGGCUCGGGGGGUGAUGAUGGGAACAUUCGCUCUGAUGUAUCGGAUAUCUCCACCCACACUGUCACCUACGGCAACCUGGAGGGCAACACCAAGCGGCGUAAGCAGUACAGGGACAGCCUGAAAAAGAGGCCAGCCUCGGCCAAGUGCAGACGGGAGCAGGACGAGAUAGAGCUGAGCGGCUUCAGGAGGAGACCCCACCACCACACCGUCCACCACCACUUCCCCCACGGGCCUCUGGCACACCGCACGGUCUCACCUCCCCUGGAGCGGAAGAGGGGAGGAGGCGGGGGUAAUUCUUCACCUUACUUAUUCCGCAAAGACAAAGAGAACCUGAGGGAUUUCUAUGCGGACCAGUUCCGCUCCAAGGAGGGCAAGGCCAAGUGGGAGCAAGAGGGUGGAAGUGGAGGAAGUGGUGUGGGCGGCGGUAGCGGUGGUGGUAUCUGUAAAAGCUUAGUGCCUGUGGAAGACUUCCUCAAAGGUAAAGGCAAGAAGCCCGAGUGUAAAGGUGGGAUGGGCACAGUGUCAGCAGGACAGCAGGCCCACACCUGCUGGGAGAAGGGGGUAUCUGGGCUAGGAGGGGGUGGCAUAGCAGGGGGGGACUGGGAGUGUCGUAACUGCCACAGUGUGUGUCACCACGGUGGAGGUGUAGGAGGAGGCGGCACGUGCCCAGCUAGCGGAGUUGGGGGUAGCAGCAGCCGCCCCAGCUCUGCUACCUGCAAACGCUGCGACUCCUGUAAGAUGCAGCCAAGCAACCUUUACAACAUCAGCGAGGAUAAUAACAUGGUGUUCCCCGGAGGGAAGAGUAGCAUAGGACCCAGCCAAACACAAACUCAGGCACAGCGCAGGAAGCUAGGGCCGGGUGGGAGGGUGUUACGGAGGCAACACUCAUAUGACACAUUUGUGGACCUGCAGAGGGAGGGGGCAGGCCGCAUGGGAGGGGUUGGCGGGGGCAUUGGGGGGCAGUUUCCCCAGCCCCGAAGUGUGAGCUUGAAAGACAAAGACCGCUUCAUGGAGGGCCCCAGCCCUUAUGCUCACAUGUUUGAGAGGUAUGCAGGUGAAAGGGAAUCUCCCAUGUUUGGAGGAAUAGGUGGAGAUAGGGCGAAAGGAGGCUCCUCCUUCAGUUUGUUCCGUGGAGGCGAAGGUGGGUUGCAUCGGCGGUCGGUGGGGGAGAGAGACCUGAGGGACAGAGAUAGAGCUAUGAUGGGAGGUGGGGGCUGUGGUGGUGGUGGUGGUGGUGGUAGCAGAGGGGCCGGGACUUACUCCUUGUCUAAAUCUCUCUACCCAGAUAAGGUGAACCAGAAUCCCUUCAUCCCAACCUUCGGCGAUGACCAGUGUCUAUUACACGGUGCCAAACCGUACUACAUCAAAAAGCCACAGACGCAGCAACAGCAGCAGCAGCAGCAACUUCUCAACAACAGCCGAGGAGGAGGGGACUUCCGCGGCUCCAUGGGAGCAACUUCCUAUUUACCCGCGUCCGCCACAGCUGGGGUGAUGUCCAAUGUGGCCCCCAGGUUCCCCAAAGAGCUGUGUCUGGGCGGGGUGGGAGGGCCCAUGGGGAACCACCACGGGGCCAACAAGCUACUGCCUGGGGGCAGGGACACGUUAGGUUUGGGGCAGGGACAGAGACCCUUCAACGGUGCCAGCAAUGGACACGUUUAUGAAAAGCUCUCCAGCAUUGAGUCAGACGUCUGAGGGUGAAGAUGGAGGAAGAAAGAGAGAGAGAGAGAGAGAGAGUGAAAGAAGAUGAAGUGGGUGAAGAAAAGAGAGGGGGGCUGGGGGGGGGGGGAGGGGCGGGGCGGAGAGAAACAUACAGAGGCAAAAAAGAGAAACGGCUCAGGCUGAUGACCUCUCUGUGUGAAGAGAAUGAGGAGGCAUGAUGCUGUGUGUGUUGUUCUCACUCCACUAAAUGGAAGGAAUUUGGACGAUGCACAGAGGCCACUGCAGGCUAAGCUGUGGUGAAGUCCGGCGGGAGACAAGUUUUUAAUGAGAAGAGAGGAUUCUGGUGCUGCUCCGACGCUCAGAGAAAGAUAGGAAGGGAGGGAGGGAGGGAUGGAGGGGAAAAACGUGAAAUAAAAUCUCCAGUCUCUGCUCUCUUCACAUGCUCAUUGUCUUUCCCUCCCUCCCGCAGUUCCUUAACACCAAAACAAACAUUUUGUUUAGCAACGGAAAUACAAUCAUGAAUGAGAAAUCAACGCUUCUGUCGAAGUAACAGGGUAAACUAAUAAUUGUAUUGAUAAUGUUAAUAAUAUUAUUGAAUAUUAUUCUAGUGUUGAUGAUGAUCGGUUUGGAUUGUUUUUAAAUUUCAUUUAUUUAUUUAAAUAGUUCAUGUUACAUAUUUGUAUGAUGUUAAUUCUUUCUUAGCUUACCAAUAUUACAGGAGACUGGUAGACCAGUUGUCAGUACAGAUCUUUUUUUGGGGGUUCCUGUAAUUUGGACUCUUCUUUGCUAUUAAUUCUUCAUGUUUGAUUUUUUUUUACUUUUCUUAUUUUCGAGUGCUGUGAAGUGUAUGUGAAAGGCAUGACUUGCUGAGUACAUUCUGUGUACUUAUAAAUUUGCAAAGAAGGUUUUUCUUUCAGCUGCAGAAGCAACAUCAUCAUACUGAUUUGCCGUUUCCUCUCGUUUUUUCUGCUUGGCAGUACCAAAUGGGUCUCACAUUUUGAGCUGGAUGUGCCUUAAAGGAUUAAUACUGAUUUUCUACACAUAAGAUCUCUUCUGUUGGUAGACAGAUUCACCUGCAAAUUGAUUUGAGUGAAAACACAUCUGAAAAAGUCUGAUAUGAAAGUAGAGCUUCAUGAGCAUAACAGGCUUUUAAGGUGUUAUGAUACAAAGUGAAUAGAAGCUUAAAUGCAUACGUUGCCCCCCCCCCCCAAUAAUAAAAGUAACCAACAGUAGGAUUACAAGGGUUAAAACCACAGUGCCAUGAUAAAUAAACAUUCCUGUUCCCCCCAAAAAAGUCAGGUAUGACAGAGCCGUGCUGCUGUAUGUGAGGAAAUGACACUUAAAAUAAAAUAAAAAUGCUUCUUCUUGUACUAUAAACUCCACAGUUAAUCUAACUGCAAGUCAAUUUCCUUGAAAUCACUCACAAUAAAGCUCAACCAGCUUUAUCACUCCUCACCUUCUCAUAAGAGAUGACCCAGGAUCCAACUAUCCAUUAAAUGCAAGUAAAUCACAUUUAAUGUCCGCCUGUUGCUCUCAUGGCGUUUCGUUGGGUCUGACUCAAUUGGCCGUGACAGUUUUGCUGUUCAGGACGGUGGACAUAAUGGACUCUUAGUGUGAGACCUCUGUUGCUGGGAUGAGCAGCCUGACACGUUAAUUAUUUCAUGAUUGCAGCCAUAAGCCCUGCCUGCUGUAUUAGACGGUCACAUUUGAGUGAUGUGAGGAGUUCCAGUGUCGAACAUUUUAUUCUUCUGGUUUAGCGGGACCACAACAGGCUUAUAACAGACUCAUAACACCUGGUACACAAUCCCAAAUUAUCAUCCCAUGAUUUAGUCUUGCAGUUAUUCAUACUUUACUCACCUUCACAAGCGUUUCUAGCUUUGAAAUGUAGUGGAUAGCAUAAGAAAGUGAGAAAUUUGUACUCACUAUACAGCUACAGAAUAAUGUUCCCCUGCAAUGUAAAGCAAUGGUUCAACAUUUUGGGAAAUAAGCUUAUUAUCUUUCUUGCAGGCAGUUACAGGAGAAGACAACAACAUUGUUGGUUAGCUUAGCUUAGCAUAAAAACUGGAAACGGAAACUGCUAGCCUGGCUCUCUCCAAAUGUAAGAAAAUCCACCUACCAACACCCAUAAAAGCUCAUUACAUGUUACAUCGUGUUUGUUCAAUCAGUACAAAACCUUUGCAACCAGAGACAGUCAGCACAACCACAAACCACACCGUCUGGCAAGCUUCAGUGGUGUUGGUAGGCUGAUUUUGUUACCUGUGGACAGACGCAUGCUAGCUGUUUCCCCAUUUCCUGUCUUUGUGCUAGGCUAAGCUAACUGGCUAAACUGGCUGUAGCUUCAUAUUUAAUGGAGGGAUAUGAAAGUGGUAUUAAUCAUCUCAUCUAACUCUCAGCAAGAAAUUGGCAAAUUAGCAAAUUUCUCAAAAUGUCCAACUAUUCCUGAACGUCAUUGUCUCGCAGUCCUUGAGAGCAUCAAUUCCUCCCACCGUGUUGCUUAAACUCACAUUUUCACCAAACGGAACACAGAAAAAUCAUCUCAGUAUGUUCUCUAACCUUGAUUCUUCCCUCCACUGGACCAUAAUCUGUUUCACAUGCUGAGAUUUUGAUGAAGGAAAGAAUUUGCCCUCAAGUCCAAGGUCCUCUGUGAAUUGUGUCAACUGCAGACUGUUUGAGGAGAAAAAGAAUAAAAGAGGAAAGGCAGGAGAAAGUAAACAGUGUCCUAAAAGCAGGUGCUACUUUUUGUAAAAAGCACCACCUUAGUGUCAGUCCUACUGAUGGACUCAUAUUUGAUCAAUAGGCGGCUCUAACACAUUACAGACACAAAAAACAAGCUGUAUUUUGUUUGAUUUACAGCCCUCACCACCAUUAAAAUAUCAUAAGUUACCAUUUAAGACAACUAUUACACAUUUUCAGUUAUGAAUUGUCACUUAAAUCAUCUUGCCAAACCAAAUUGUAAUAUCUAAGCACAAUCUGACUGAACAGAUCUAAGAUUUAGUUUGUUGUACAUCCCAGUCAAAACUUCAGAAGACUUUCCUUCUCUUGGGUGACAAGUCAGUAUGUAUGAUACUAAGGGGUUUGUAAGGACUUGCAUGUAUACUCUUAGUUUUUUUUCUUCAUUUCUGUUUUUUAAAAUCUUAACUUUUAGCCCAACGAAAUGGGCGUUUUUGAACGAUAUUUGGAGUUUUAUCAAUUUCAUUGGUACUGAUGAUCCAUGUAGUACUGUAAGUGUGUGUGCGUGUGCGUGCUUGUUUGUGCAAGAGAAGACACAAAUUUAACGGUCUAAAUUUUGGUUAUACUCAAAUAAAUAUGGCGAAAUUGAUUUAAAAAAUUUCACUAGGGUAGAAAACAUUUUUUAUUGUUAAUGUUAUACAAAGAUCGAUUUUCUUGAUAGUUUGUGUAAAUGCUUUUUAACAAGGUUGAGGUCUUGGUUAAUACAUUCAUUGUCACUGAAGAAGCCUUUUUUUUUUCAUUUGAACAACUUUUCCUAUUUUUUUUUCCUUUGAAUAUAUCUCAGUAUGUUUCAUUAUUUCUGUUAUUGUAUGUGCCUGAAUACAUACGCUUGAUUACCUCUGUGUGUGCUCAUAUGGAAGAGAGACAGAGUGUGUGUGAGAGAUAACUGUUUAUUGUACAUUAUUAUAAAAAACUGUAUGUAAAUACUUUACCUCACGCUCAUGGACUUUUGAUAAAAACUGUACAAAACGGCAGAGAAUAGAUCUAUUUGGGAUAAAUCUUUGAUUCGUAGGUCCCCCUUGCAAAAUUGCUUUUGUAACGACUUCAAGCCAGGAUAUGUGCAGUCAUUUAUUAUUACAGACACAGUGUGCACAUUUAGCAAGUCAAGAUUUGUUGAUGUGUUUUUAUUUCCUUUUCGAUUUGGUCAAAGACCAGCUUAGACAGUUUGUUUUUCUCAAAGGAAAAAUUGUAAAGCACCAUUAUUAAUUGGUACACACAAAGCACAAUAGAUUCUCUAUUGCAUUUUUACAGAGGUAGUCUCUCUUUUUUUCCCUCUUUGGCUGCAUCCUCUGUUUUUGUGUUUUGCCACAGAAGGUCAAACAACUCCAUCCCUGAGCUGUACAGAUUGUGAAAAAUGUACAUACGACAAAACUCUAGUUCACCCUCACAUUUUUUGUAUGGAGAGAAAUUACUUGUGUGAAGAGAGUAUUUCGAAUUUGAUUGAAUAUUUAGUAAUAUUGAAAAUGAGAUUAAACACAGUCAAUGUGAAAAUAAGUGCUGAGAAAUAUUAUUCUUCUGUCUCUUUGGAAUAAAAGUGUUGAGUAUUAAUAAAAAAUAAGAACUCUCAAA